CAGGACACUCGACUCUCGUUGCUACAGCACGCACGACUCGAGAGUAGCAACACAGUAUAGUUUGUAAAUGUAAAGAAAAGUGACAGGUUCAAGCAAACAGAAGUCCAGGGUAGCAACCACCGUGAGUCGUGAUAUAUUCUCUUACAUCUUACGUAGACACACCAUAUACUUAUUAUAUAUUUAUAUACAUGUAUAUUUAGAUAGCAUAGAACACAAUAUUGUACACGCACAUUUUAAAAGUAAUACACAUACGCAAGCGCCAUAACCACACCAUAUAUCGUGAUGUCCUCGCCGUCUCAGACUCAGCUGGACGAAACAGCUGUAGAGAAUUUCCGCGAGUAUCUGCGGAUCCCUUCUGUUCAACCAAAUAUUAAUUACGAUGAUUGUGUUACGUUUUUACGUAAUCAAGCACAAAGUUUGGAACUGCCUGUCAAGGUCUAUGAGCAUUACAAAGGAAAGCCGAUUGUUGUCAUCACCUGGGUAGGCACUGAUCCUUCGGCACCAUCGGUGCUGCUCAACAGUCACAUGGAUGUAGUCCCUGUCUUUGCUGACAAAUGGAUUUAUCCACCAUUCAGCGCGGAGAUGGAUGAUAAAGGAAAUAUUUAUGCUCGUGGCUCCCAAGAUAUGAAGUGCGUUGGUAUUCAGUAUAUCGAAGCAGUAAGACGCAUGAAGAUGAAUGGACUCCGUUUCAAACGCACGAUCCACAUGUCGUUUGUUCCUGACGAAGAGAUUGGCGGAGUUCUUGGCAUGGAGGAAUUUGUAAAGACCGCAGACUUCAAAGCCUUGGACGUUGGCUUUGCUUUGGAUGAAGGAGUUGCAUCACCUGAGGAUACUUUCUAUAUGUUCAAUGGCGAGAGAUCUAUUUGGCAUGUAAAAGUCAUUUGUCCAGGUCAUCCAGGUCAUGGUUCUUUGCUGCUUCCCAACACAGCCGGUGAAAAACUUCGAGUUAUUAUUGAUCGGUUCAUGGAUCUCAGAGCUGACCAAAAAGCUAAACUUGAUGCUGGAAAUUUAAUGCCAGGAGAUGUUAUUUCAGUCAAUCUUACCAAGCUUGAAGGCGGCGUACAAGCGAAUGUUAUCCCUGAAAAGUUAGCAGCCGUGUUCGAUGUUCGCAUACCACCGACUGUCGAUCAUGCAGAGUUCGAAAACACUAUUUUAAGUUGGUGCCGCGAAGCAGGUGAAGGAGUUUCUAUUGAGUAUGAGCAGAAAAAUCCUCAAAUUAGAAGUACCAAACUAGAUGACAGCAAUCCAUUUUGGUUGGCAUUUAAAAAUGCAAUUGAUAAACGUGGAAUGAAAAUACAAAUCGGUAUCUUUCCUGGUGGUACCGAUAGUCGCUACGUACGCGGGAUCGGUCUACCAGCUAUCGGUUUCUCACCAAUGAACAAUACUCCGAUAUUACUCCACGAUCAUAAUGAGUAUCUUAAUAAAGACGUUUUUCUACGUGGGAUUGAAAUUUACAUGGAUAUUAUUCCAGCAGUGGCUAAUGUUUGAUCAGUCAUAAUUUAAAAACCUCAACAUAUUUAAUAUACAAGAUAUGCUGAAGAAAAAAGUGCAAUUUAUAUCAAUUUUUUAUUGAUAAGAAAAAAAAACGUUGCUGUUAAAUAUCCACUUGAGAAUAUCUACAUUCUGAUAUUAAACAAAAAUUUAAGCGGUUUCAUAAACAAACUGGAUCAGUGCCAUACAAUACAAUAGUUGUAAUUUAAUAAAAUGAAAUACUAGAAGAGGAUCGCAAAUGAAUUUAAAUACCAAAGAUAAUCGAGUGAAUGAAAUACCGCAACUGUCUAGUGCAAUACUCAGCUAGUGGAUUUAAAAGAAACGAAAGAAAAUAUUUACUAAUUGUUUUUUUAUUUGAUUAUAUAAUGAUAUUUUACGAAUGUUAGUCAUUGUUUUUUUUUUCUGCUAAUACGUUAAAAUGAGACAAGUGAAGUCUACAAUAAUUACGGAAAAAAACAUAUAUAUUUUAGAAAAAUUAUAUUUACAUAAAUAAAACUUCUUGCACUAAGA